UCAUCCUUCCACCCGCCAGUGCCAACAGCACUGGCUCAGGUUGACCGUGAAAAGAUCUACCAGUGGAUCAAUGAGCUGUCCAGCCCCGAGACACGGGAGAACGCGCUGCUGGAGCUGAGCAAGAAGCGUGAGUCUGUGCCUGACCUUGCCCCGAUGCUGUGGCACUCAUUUGGCACAAUCGCAGCGCUCCUGCAGGAAAUUGUAAAUAUUUAUCCAUCAAUCAACCCUCCGACUUUGACGGCCCAUCAGUCCAAUAGAGUCUGCAAUGCUUUAGCUCUACUACAGUGUGUUGCAUCACAUCCUGAAACAAGGUCAGCUUUUCUGGCAGCUCAUAUCCCUCUCUUCCUGUACCCCUUCUUGCACACAGUUAGCAAGACACGACCAUUUGAGUACCUGCGGCUCACGAGCCUUGGAGUGAUUGGGGCCUUGGUGAAAACUGAUGAACAAGAAGUGAUAAAUUUCUUAUUGACAACAGAAAUUAUCCCCCUGUGCUUACGCAUUAUGGAGUCUGGCAGUGAACUCUCCAAAACGGUUGCUACGUUUAUUCUUCAGAAAAUCCUCCUAGAUGACACAGGGCUGGCAUAUAUCUGUCAGACUUAUGAGCGGUUUUCACAUGUUGCCAUGAUACUGGGUAAAAUGGUCCUGCAGCUCUCCAAGGAGCCCUCGGCACGGCUACUGAAACAUGUCGUCCGCUGCUACCUUCGCCUUUCUGAUAAUCCCAGAUGUAGGGCACGUGAAGCUCUCAGGCAGUGCCUUCCUGACCAACUGAAGGACACCACCUUCGCCCAGGUCCUGAAGGACGACACCACCACAAAGCGCUGGCUGGCUCAGCUUGUCAAGAACCUGCAAGAGGGUCAAGUCACUGACCCACGGGGCAUCCCUCUUCCUCCGCAAUGACUGCUGGGGGAGGUGGGGGACCGGGGAAGAAACAGCUCAGGUUUACAGAGAACCAGAAACAGGUGACCUCUUCCGCAACAAACUGGGCACGCCAGCUGGCUGCCGGCCUGUCGGACCAUCCCACCCAACCAAGGGGCUGCUCUGUAGCAAUGCAGCAUGCCUCUGGGGAUCACAACACCAGCAAAUGCUGAUACUACAGCUUAAAAAGAAAAA